AUUAUCCAGUUGCUGUGAGUAUUAUGCUGACAUGCUGGACUGGCGCUGAGAUUCUUGUGGAAAACAAGCUGAUCAUUUAGUCAGACGGCGGAGCUGAGACGCAGGACGCCGGGAGCUUCUUCUAAACUCACCAAAUAAAGCAAUCCUGCUCUUGUGGAGGAUGUUUUAGUAGGAAUACAGAUCCUUACUGUGGGACACAAGGACAUGGUGGUCUCACUCUGCCUGGCUCUGGUUACUUAUGUACCCCUUCUGUGGUUUGUGAGGGAGACCGAUGGGAUGCCGGACCCCAAUCAUAGGGACCGGCUGAUGCGCCAGGAGGCGUCCAGACAGACAGGAGGCCUGUUGACGUUAACGGCUGCAGAGCAGAAGCUGGAUGCUUACCUGCAUCGAAUAAAGGAGCAGGAGAUGUCUGCAGCUCACUUUCUCCCUGCUGUUCACUUCUUCAAGGCAAAGCCUCUAAUCGAGAAGAGUUCAGUCUUCAAACUGCUGCAGAAAAUGCCUAAAGGCGCAGCCCUCCAUGUCCACGGCUCGUCUAUGGUCAGCCCUGAAUGGCUGGUGAAAAACGUCACCUACAGACCUCACUGCUACAUCUGCUUCACCUGGGACAACUCGGUCCGCUUCCUGUUCUCAGACCGCCAGCCCUUCCCACGGUGGGACUGCUUCUACUGGCAGCUGCUGGAGACGUUAAGAGCCAAAAUAGGAGACAACACAGGAUUUGACAACAGUUUAAUCCAGCACCUCACACUGUUCACUGAGGAUCCAGAUGGUGAAUAUCCAAACCAGGAUGUUGUGUGGGAGAAGUUUGAGAAAGCCUUUAUUGCCGCUGCAGGGCUAAUCACCCACGCUCCUGUGCUGAGGGACUACUUCUAUCGGGGCUUGGAGGAGCUGUACCGUGACAACAUCAUGUACGUGGAGCUGCGCAGUGGUCUGUCAAGGACGUAUGAGCUUGAUGGAACCAUUCACGAUAAGAUCUGGAAUCUGAACACAUUUCAAGAAGUUACAAAGAAAUUUAUCAGAGAUCAUCCAGACUUUCUCGGGGCCCGGAUCAUAAUCUCUGUGCACAGGGCUCUGAGUGUAUCUGAGGUUAAAGCAGCUGUAAAAGAAGCCAUCCAGCUGAAAAAGGAAUUCCCAGAUGUAGUCGUGGGAUUUGACAUGGUUGGCAGGGAGAACAGUGGGAGGACUCUCUGGUACUUCAAAGAAGCACUUUCUCUGCCAGCUGAGCUGGGUGAAACACUGCCUUACUACUUUCAUGCAGGGGAGACAGAUGAUGAAGGCACCGACAUAGAUCAAAAUAUUCUUGACGCUCUUCUAUUCAACACCACACGAAUCGGGCAUGGCUAUGCUUUGGCUCACCAUCCGCUUGCCAAAGAGCUUUCCAGGAAGAGAAACAUAGCUGUGGAGCUUUGCCCCAUCUCAAACCAGGUGCUGAAGCUGGUUUCAGAUCUGAGGAACCACCCUGCAGCCGUGCUGAUGUCUGAGGGCCACCCAGUGGUGAUCAGCUCUGAUGACCCGUCUCUGUUUGGCACCACAGGCCUUUCCUACGACUUUUAUGAGGCUUUUGUUGGCAUCGGAGGACUGAAGGCAAACCUGGCCACCCUCAAAGAGCUGGCUUUGAACUCCAUCAGGUACAGUUCGCUGCCGGCUCCUCUGAAGGACGCUGCGCUCGUCACAUGGCGGAACAAAUGGAACGCCUUCAUUUCUAAUAACUCCUGACGGCCUGACCCCAACGCAUCCUGUUUGACUUGAAUCAUGUUUCUUUUAUCAUUAAA